UGUAGGACGGAACACACGUGCUCAGCCGCCGUACCUUUCCUCUUAUUGCAGAGAAAGGUUGUCCGCGAGUAUAAAUACCGCGGGUCAGACUCGAGGCACAUUCGCGUUUGUAGUGAUUUUAACUUUUCAGUAAGCUACGCCAUGUAUCUCGCCGGACGGCUCGCCUUGGUCACCGGCGGAGCCAGCGGGAUUGGCGAGGCUGUAUGCCACACCCUGGCCGGUGAAGGCGCUACGGUCAUCGUAGCCGACAAGCAGCUCGAGCCAGCGAGAAAAGUUGCCGCUUCAUUGUCAGGAGAUGCGGCGCACCGUGCCGAGUACGUGGAUGUCGGAGACUCCUCGUCCGUGGAGCAGCUGUUCGCGAAAAUCAGAAGCUCGUCGGCACUUCCACUCAGCAUCGUCGUCAACUGCGCUGGCAUUCUUGCUCGGUCGCUUCUCGUCGACUCGACCGACGAACAUUUCGACGAAAUUAUGAGGGUGCACCUGAAGGGCACUUUCCUGGUUACCAGGGCAGCCAGUCGUGAGAUGAUACGUGUCGGGAAGGAGCUGCCCGAAGGAGGCGCUGCCAUCGUUAACCUGGCCAGCUUGGCGGCUAAAAGCGGCUGGUUCGCCUACGGCGCCUACGCCGCGGCGAAAGCCGGCGUCGUGACCCUCACCAAGACGGCGGCACAGGAAUUGGCAACGCACGGUAUCCGUGUGAACGCUGUUCUGCCCGGCUGGACGGAAACAGCCAUGACAGAGCCUCUAACCGAAGAAAUCAAAGCGAAGGUCCUCUCAAUGACAGCGCUUAAGAGGGCCGCGCAGCCCAAGGAAGUUGCUGAAGCUGUCAAGUUCCUUUGUUCUCCCGCAACAAGUUCCUACGUCACAGGAGUUGCACUAGAGAUCACUGGAGGAUUUAAUAUGUGAUUUCCUGUCUUGAGAGUUGAAAGAUAAUAAACAAUAAGGAAAAAUAAACAAAAAGAAACAUGGAACCUAAAAUAAGCGAGAGCCAAGGGCGAAGCAAUGAAUGCGAGAACAAGAAUUUGGAAUGGUAUACGAAGUAAGGCGAGCAGCUCACUCCUGUAGCAUCCGACCUGGCGUGACUCAACAUAACGCUGGCGUAAGGUGGCCGCUGCAGCGAGAGAAGCGACCGUCACGCUGUCUAACGAUUCAACGCAAACUUAGUGGUGAGAACAGUGAGGUGAAUCUUCGUACAGCUGCCAUUGGGGGCCUCAACUCAGAUGCCAGCGCCAAGUGCCCCUUCAUUUGCGGCCCUUGUGGAUGGCUGGAUUCAAAGAAGGCGGCGCACACGGUGUACGUCGUCAUGGCAGCAGGUACUGGAGCCGGCUGAGCAUGUUCCUACAACAUAAAA